AUGGAGGUCGAAGGAGUGGGGGACGAGAACCAAGUGCCCCUUGAAGCAAGUACCAUAGAUCGAAGGAACCAAGGUGGAGAAGGGGAGCAUGAGUGGGAUAUUAGUCUCCGAAUUCUACGUGAGGCCCAGCGGAAAGCCAGCGAGGUUCUUGGGAAGUCAAGAAUUUCGAAUCAGGCCAAGACAGAGGUGGAAGGCAUAUGGACGAGAGUUAUUGAAGAAGUAGGAGAAUUAUGGGGCAAAAGUCAAGGAGGAAAAUCAUUGCCUCUGCUUUUGGAGAAAGAAAUUGCGGCAACUUUGAGUCAAAGAGGGAUCGAGUGUGCUGACGAUUGGAGAGAAUAUUUAAGAACUAUGGAGCAAGAUGGGGAAACAAUGGCAGAUAUCUGUGACAUGCUGAGGACAGAUGUGGUCCACGUUAAGGGCGAAAUAGCUGCUCUUCAGAGACAGUGGAGGAGUAAAGAAGAGUUGAUGAGGGCCGAGAACACGUUGGGCCAACCAAGCGCAGUAGGACAAAGGAACGGGGUCUGGAUUUUGUCAUUGGAGAAGAUGGCCAGGCUUCUGUCGCAGAAGUCGACAGCAGGAAGGUUAAGAGCCCUCACAGAACUGAGGAGCCUGAAAAUGGGGCCCGACCAGGAGGUGGCCGAAUUCUGUAUUCUUUUGGAAAAACUGGGAAAACAGGCCAACCCGGACUGUACUAUUGAGGAUCGCUCGUUGGAAUACGCGCAGAUCCUCCUAGAUAACCUCAGUGAUUGGCCCGAACACUUCCAAUUGGUGGGAGCUUUGCACAGAGUGGAUCCUCGCAGAGCAUACGAGGAAAUCAAGCAGUUGGCGUUGAGUAUAGAGCAGUCCAAAAUUAUGUUUGGUGGAGGUAGGCGAACGGGUGUAAGCCAUUGGAAAAGUAGAGCUGCGCAGUACCGCGACCACGGUGGUAUAGGUAAAUCACAGAGAGCCAAGUAUUCCAACAAUGAGCUGGAUUACCUGGAAGGAGAGAGUCCUCAAAUAAGGGAAAAUUAUUGGCAGAGCGACUAUCAAGCAGGUACAAGUAGCAGCGCAGAGCUUCACAUGCAGGACAAGGCAAAAUGCUCUAAGUUUGGCCAUAUAGCUAAAGAUUGUCCGCAACUAUCAGCAAGGGUGAACCAGCUUAAAGGUGAGAUGACUGUGUCAGAAAUCAUCAGACAAGCUCGCAAUCUGGAGAUGACAGUAAAGAAAGAAUGUGGAAAUAGAGACCUAGUAGGUGGUCGAAUCGUAAAGCAGCUAAGGCUGCUCGGAGGUAACAAUCCAGCAUUGUUGGACACAGGUUCAAUGGUCAGUGUAAUACCUGUGGAGAUUUUAGCUAAAGCGCGAGAUAGAGGAUUUGACGUGGACGCAUUAAAACUGGUUGAGAAAUCCCAGCUUGCUCCUGUGUUGGACGCAUCGAAUAAGAAGAUGGACUUUCUUGGUGCAGUAUACGUGGAGGCCAAGUUGGAAGGAGGGAAUCGGGCCUCUGUGCCGUUUUACAUUAGCCCAAGUAAAAAUGACGAGAUCAUAUUGGGAACCAAUGCCCUCAAUAAAUUAGGUGUUAGAGUGUCCAUAGUUGGGGAAAAAGAAGAAGAUGGCAGAGGCCAUCCAGGUAGAACAAAAGAAAAGAGAACGACAGUAGGGCGCAUAUACGUGCCACAGCGCAUGAUAGGCCGUGUGCCAAAGCAGUACAGUGUGGAUAUUCCAGUGAAGGUCGAUAGAGUUCUUCGGGCUAGCAAACGAGUUUUUGCACACGGCGUACACGGUGCUCAACAAGAGAAGGUUGUAAAACCCUUUCCAGAAGAAACGGCUAAUGCGGGACGCAGAAGAGCACGGAAGGGUGAACAAAGUAAGCCAAAAGUUGGAAAGGGUCAUAGAGAAGCGGUAAGAGAAAGUGCGUCCGAAAGUUGCAGAACGCACCCACGUAUGGAUGCAGACAGAAAACAAUUCAAGGAGAGGAGGAGAAUUGCUACAGGGUCGAAUUGCCACGGCCAAGCGUCAAGCGGUCGAUGA